AGGGGAUAGGAGAGACUCAGAGCUAGGAGAUCUCUUCGUGCUACCAGGUGACCGGCGUCUUUAUGAAGAACUGGGACCCUCUGGAUGAAGAAGGAUCUUGCUCCAUUGACAGAGACUGCGAAGAUGCUUACCGCGUUUGUCAGAAGCUUGAUAUUCCUUUUCACCAGGUUUCCUACGUAAAAGAGUACUGGAAUGAAGUAUUCAGUGACCUCUUAAAAGAGUAUGAAUUGGGAAGGACUCCUAAUCCUGAUAUUGUGUGUAACAAGCACAUCAAAUUCAACUACUUUCUUCAUUAUGCUAUGGAUAACCUUGGGGCAGAUGCAAUUGCUACUGGGCAUUAUGCUAGGACCUCACUAGAGGAUGAGGAAGUGUUUCAGCAGAAACAUAUUAAAAGACCACAAAUGCUUUUCAGAAACCGUUUUGAAGUUAGAAAUACUGUGAAACUCCUUCAAGGGGCUGACCUCUUUAAGGACCAGACCUUCUUCCUAAGCCAAAUCUCGCAGGGUGCUCUGAGGAAAACCAUUUUCCCUUUAGGGGAUUUAACAAAAAGUUUUGUGAAGAAGAUAGCAGCGGAACAUGGCCUUCAUCAUGUCCUAAAGAAAAAAGAGAGUAUGGGAGUCUGUUUCAUUGGUGAAAGAAACUUUGAAAAUUUCCUUCUUGAGUAUUUAGAACCUCAACCAGGUAACUUUGUUUCCAUUGAAGAUAAGAAGGUGAUGGGAACGCACAAAGCUUGGUUCCUCUACACAAUAGGCCAGAGGGCAAGACUAGCAGGCCUGAAGGAUGCUUGGUUUGUUGUAGACAAAGAUGUCAGCACUGGAGAUGUCUUUGUGGCACCAUCAACAGAUCACCCUGCUCUGUACAGAGACCUAUUGCGGACAAACCGAGUGCACUGGAUAGCAGAGGAACCUCCUGCAGAGCUUGUUAGAGAUAAAAUGAUGGAAUGUCAUUUCAGGUUUCGGCACCAGAUGGCACUGGUGCCGUGUGUGCUGACUCUAAACCAAGAUGGGAGUGUGUGGGUGACGUUAGUGAAGCCAGCAAGAGCUAUCACACCUGGGCAGUUUGCAGUGUUCUACAAGGGUGAUGAGUGCUUGGGCAGCGGGAAGAUCAUAAGGAUAGGCCCAUCGGUGUAUACCAUGCAGCAGGGCAAAAACCGAGAGGAAGGUCCAAAGAAGGAAGACAAAAUAGAACCAGCAACGUAGCAUAUGGGUUUGUUUGUUGAAGAAUUUUGGAGAAUUUACUGUCUGAGAAUAAUAAAAACAAUAAUAAACAUUUUUUUUGUUGAUCUGUAUGUUCUAAAUGUCAGUUGACCAUCAAGUCCCAGCUCUUGACUGUUAGCACUGAACAGGUUUAAAACUAAAGCCAGUUUGGUACAAUUUUAUUGGACUAGAUGGUGAUAUUUAUGUUAAUAUGUAUCAAAGGAUGUCUUAAAGUUGUUCUGUAAUAGUAGUUACACAUGCAAGAAUUUUAUUGUAAAAAUCAUGUCUGAAAUCAUAAAUCUAUCUUAUGCAUAAGUGAAAUAAUUCUUUCUCUUACUUAAAGAUACCUAUCCCUAGGUAAAGCAUGUAUGUUGUUUUACAGUAAAUGUAUGUUUGUGCUUUGAACUCUGGAAAAGGAAUGAAUGAUAUUUAAGGUCAGUAUUUUGAAUGAACUCCCAGUAGCAGAUAUUUAUUUUUCAUUUUAUAUAGCUUUAUAAGAGAUGCUUUGGAUUCUUAAGAUGUAUUAAGUAGUGGGUUUAGAUGUUUACAUAAUUCAGAAUUAAAAAUCCAGGGGUUUAAAAAUAGUCUGGAUCAUGAAUUUUUUGACACAACUGACUAAUUUUGUGUUAAGUGCUGAGGGCAGAGGCUGUUUGGUUUGUCUCCUGGAGAAGGGAAUGCAUUGUUAUGCUUCAGAAAAAUGCAAAUUCAUAUGCAUUUCCUUAUUAUGUAGCUAACUUAAUAUAGACCUGAUAAUAACUGGAUCUUGUCAUGUGUCAAAAUAGAGUGGUAUUAGGAAGAGUUGAAUACCCCUGUCCAAAUUGCCUACAUUUAUAAGGAUCGGGUGCGCACUGAGGACACCCUAAGCUUAUAAUAAAACUUUAUUACUACAAGUCAACAAAAAUGAAUUUGUGUCUUUCAGCAUGGUAGUAGAAGGUAAUUGUCCCUGAAGUACAGCUGUGCAGGAGCAGGACUUUACAGAUGGGUGUAGAAUUUUGAGAUUUGCAUCCAAUUUGGGUGGUAGGAAAGUAGUACCAUGAAUAGAUCUUUUCAGCAGAUCUGAAGGCUUAGAUUACAUGUAUAUAAUUUUCUGUUGUCUUAGUAUCUUCUAAUAAUUCCUUUUACUUCUUCUGGUAA